CUCCUCCCCUGUCAGACUCAAGUCACUUGUAGAUGGGUAGUGUUGUGGUUUGGACUGAAGGACUACAUCAUUACUGCUAUUAAGUGCAUUUUUCUGUCUGGAAGUUUCAAGAAUUUUAUAAGAAAUAUGUUUCCUGACUAAUUGUGACUAAGAUUGAUCAAGGAUUUGUCCCCGAAUAUUUUCCCCGUCACACACGAAUUUGACACUAAGGAUGAAGACCAUGGACAGUGUGGUACACGCAGUGAGCGUUGUGUGUAUUCUGUGUCUAUGGGUACCACAUGUGGUGCCAUGUCCCCCGCAAUGCCACUCCUGUACGGGGGGCACAGCUAACUGUAUCCAAGUUGGUUUACGAGAUAUCCCUCAACAUUUCCCGGAGGAAGUAGAGGUUCUGGAUUUUACUGGCAACCAAAUCACAUAUUUCAACGGAGAAAGUUUUCAGUCACUUCCAAAUGUUCAGUCGUUGAGAAUACCAAACAAUGGCAUAAGUCAUAUCAUGGCAGAUUCAUUUCAAAAUAUUCCACAUUUGACAAUGAUAGAUCUGUCCUCUAACUCAAUAGCUGCUAUUGAGGAUGGAGCCUUUCGAGGCCUGGAUGAAAUGUCUAUCAUAACGCUUACAAACAACCGUCUACGACGACUUGGGAAGCCAUUCCAAGGUCUAACCUCUCUAUCGUCCCUCUACCUGGGGUUUAAUCAGCUGACAGAGAUCGAGGAAGACGACUUCCAGACAAACACAAUGGUACGGAUGUUAGAUCUAAGUAACAACCAAAUCAGCCAGAUACACCCAAUGGCCUUCAAGAAUCUGAAACGUCUGCGUUAUCUCAUCCUCAGCAAUAACGCCUUGACACACUCUGUCGAUUUACAAUUCUCCAGUAACAUGCUCCAACUCGUGGAUUUCACCAAGAGUCAGCUGAAGAAGAUACCCACAGGCAUGCCCUACUCUGUUAAUGACUUUCGUCUUGGCAACAAUAUGAUCACAGAGAUCAACAAUGAUGAUUUCAAGGGAAUGAGAAACCUGCGUCUGUUGAUGCUGGAGAAUAACAAGUUAGAAAACAUCAGCUACCGAGCAUUUCAGCCUCUCAGCAAUCUAAAAGAGAUGUGGCUGAGCCACAAUAACCUGUUUUACGUCCCACAAGGUCUCCCAAAGAACCUCGAGACACUCUACCUCGACAACAAUCAAGUCUUUGAAAUACAGUCACACCUUUUCCUGAACCACUCCAAACUACGACUGUUGUCUUUUGAAAUGAACAAAAUUCAGAGAGUCCAUGCAGAGUCAUUCAGAGGUCUGCAGAGCAUUCAACAGAUCAAUCUACAGUUCAAUGAAAUAUCUAUGAUCCCAGCAGGAACGUUCACCGACCUGUCUGCUCUGACCACCCUUCAGAUGUCCCACAAUACAUUGACCAGUGUUGACCAUGGAGCCUUCCCUCCACAACUCAACUCCCUAUCUAUGGCCAACAUUGCCUCCCCUACUGUACAUGUCAGUGAAGAAUUUGUAUCAGCGUUGUCCAGUAUCAGAACUCUGAACUUAAUGAACAGUCCAGGUCUUGUAUCCAGUAUGCUGACUGCGCUGGUGAAAUCUAGGACCAGAUUUGAGCAUGUGACAACCUUGAAUAUACAGUACAAUGAAAUCCAAAGUCUUCCUGAAGCUCUCAAAGAAGCAUUAGGCAGUGUGGAACACCUGCUGCUGGAUGGCAACCCAUUUCACUGUGAUCAGAGCCUGAUAUGGUUAAAACAAUGGAUGCUGGAAGGGAGGGUCACCUUCCAUAGCACUGAUGAGCCUGAAUGUGCCACACCACUUCAGUUAAGAGGAAGGAAAAUCAAGGAGCUGCAAAACAGAUAUUUUGUGAAGGUUGUGCCAAAGAAAUCUGUAGAGAGGUCUCAACACCCAGAGACACCAGCAGUACAGGUGUCACGUCUAGCAUUAAAGGCCAAUAUUGUUACUCCGGAGGAGACUUCACAACAAAGGGGAGGCAAUCCAGUAAUUGAGACAUCCAGAAACACAGACACACGACAAGCCAUUCAUCGAUUACAAGAACCAGCAUUAUCAGUGCCAUCACGCUCCAACACAAACCCCACGGCAAGGACAAAGACAGAAAGGGCCAAAAAGAGAGGACGAAAAAGGAAAGGAAAGAAAAACAGGAAGAAUAAGAACAGAAAAAACAAAAAAGGAAAACGAAAGCGCCGUAACAGAGGAAAGCGUCAUAAUCGUCGAGCACUACGUCGGAGGAAGUGCACUCCUCAAACAGAUGGCACCAUUGAGUGCUGCCGAGUCCUAAAGAAUGGCACUCAACGGUGCCGACGCAAACGACCAAAGACAAGGUCAAAGGUCACUCCUGCAAAUACUCGCUCUUAAGCUUGAAUAUGCAUCAUUAAGAUAAAUAUUGUACUGUUUACUCAGAUGUUUAUUCAGUGAAUAUUGUACAAAGGAUAUUGUAGUGGAUUUUUAUCUGAUGUAAAAACCAUUGGCACAACACUUAAGAUAUUCUACGAGGAUUAUGAAUCGAGGAUUACCAUCUUUUAAAGGAUUAAUUACUGUGAAAACUCUUUACAUAUAACACUGUUUCUAUCCCAGAGGAUCAAAUCAUUACGAACAAAUCAAUUGAAGCACAAAAUAAGCACAUAGGCUCUUCGAGCCUGAGGGGAGCUUACAAACUGGAUAACUAUAAAUUCCUAAAAAUGACACCAUUUCCAUGGGGGAUAGGAUUUAAUUCUGCCUGCAUCUGGCGUUUUUUCCUUUGAUUUUUUUUGUUUUCUUCAUAUGUUGGUUCAAAACUGUCAGCUGAACAUCUUUUAACUGAUGCUAUGACUUUGAUCUGGUACUCUACUUUAGUCGAACUGGUACUCAAAGUGGAACUGGUACUCAAAGUGGAACUGGUACUCAAAGUGGAACUGGUACUCAAAGUGGAACUGGUACUCAAAGUGGAACUGGUACUCAAAGUGGAACAGGUAGUCUAAGUGGAACAGGUAGUCUAAGUGGAACAGGUACUCAAAGUGGAACAGGUACUCUAAGUGGAACAGGUACUCUAAGUGGAACAGGUACUCUAAGUGGAACAGGUACUCUAAGUGGAACAGGUACUCUAAGUGGAACAGGUACUCUAAGUGGAACUGGUACUCUAAGUGGAACAGGUACUCUAAGUGGAACAGGUACUCUAAGUGGAACAGGUAGUCUAAGUGGAACAGGUAGUCUAAGUGGAACAGGUAGUCUAAGUGGAACAGGUACUCAAAGUGGAACUGGUACUCAAAGUGGAACUGGUACUCAAAGUGGAACUGGUACUCAAAGUGGAACUGGUACUCUAAGUGGAACAGGUACUCUAAGUGGAACAGGUACUCUAAGUGGAACAGGUACUCUAAGUGGAACUGGUACUCUAAGUGGAACAGGUACUCUAAGUGGAACAGGUACUCUAAGUGGAACUGGUACUCUAAGUGGAACAGGUAGUCUAAGUGGAACAGGUAGUCUAAGUGGAACAGGUAGUCUAAGUGGAACAGGUACUCAAAGUGGAACUGGUACUCAAAGUGGAACUGGUACUCAAAGUGGAACUGGUACUCAAAGUGGAACUGGUACUCUAAGUGGAACAGGUACUCUAAGUGGAACUGGUACUCAAAGUGGAACUGGUACUCAAAGUGGAACUGGUACUCAGAGUUUAACUGGUACUCAGAGUUUAACUGGUACUCUAAGUGGAACAGGUAGUCUAAGUGGAACUCAUUCUCUAGUGGAACUGUUAUCCUAUGUAAACUGAAGAUGGUGUUUUAACAAGAUAAACUGAAUACUUCAUUGUAAUAGAUAGAACUUUACAUGGUAUGAUAUAUAUAUCAUAAGGACUAUAUGAGGAUUCACAACACUAUAUCCCAUUAUCAGUCAGUUAAGACAGUAACUCGCUGUACGUACUAUCAAGAUUGAAGUGUCCAUACACAGUGAGUGUAAUAAGUCAACACAACACCAUCUCAUAUCUGAUUAAGCCAAGUGGAUUUUUUUACCUGCUGUUUUUGUGUAUCUCAAUUAAAGAGCAGGUUUUAAUGAA